UAACUGGGACAAUGAAUGAAUCCUUUUUCACUCCUAGUGCAGUUCUGCAGACUGAAGCAAAUUUUCUUUCCUUACAUGGUUCUGGAAAGAAGAGGAAUGUGUUUCUCAUCACUUUAUCUACAGGAGCAGCUGGGGCAAGAGGUGACACUGAGGGAACUAUUAUGUGGGCUGUCUUAGGUAUGCAUCUGAUAGUGGAUACAGGGCCUGUACAACAUACCAUGUUCACUGCUGGAAGCAUGGUGAGAGGAUGCCAAGCUACCAAUUUAAUGCUCCUAUGAAGGCAACAUAAUUUUCUUGGGACAGAGCAAAAAGUCUCCAACCCUCCAAGCCACAAGGAGGUAAACAGGAAUGGAAUUGUAUGUGUGCAACAGCUCAGAAGUGGGGCUCUGCUCUAAGUUAUCCUGACCUGGAUAGUUUGGGCAGCACAUCACCACUUUGGGCUAAUGAGAGCAUCAUGAGAUACUCAGCUGACUCCAUUUUCUACCAAUGCUGAAUGUGUCAAGCCCUUUGCUCCCCACAUGAUGCAACUCAUUCAUUCCUUCACUCAAAGGGCUGACCCCUAAGGAUGCUUCAGGCCAGAGUGAAGUUUAUUGUAACCGGAGAUGACUUUGGCUACUGCCCAAGGAGGAACCAAGGAAUCGUGGAGUGUUUCCUGGCUGGAGCAGUUUCCAAUGUUUCCCUUCUGGUCAAUGGCAGUGCUGCGCCAGAUGCAGCACAACUGGCAAGAAGGCAUAACAUUCCAAUAGGUCUGCACGCCAACCUGUCCGAGGGCUCUCCUGUCUGCAAGGCACUCAAGAAGAACUCCUCCCUGCUCAACAAAGACGGAUUCUUCCACGGAAAGAUGGGAUUCAGGACGGUUCUAGCAAAAGGUCUCCUGAAAAUGUCAGAGGUGAAACAGGAGCUAAUGGCACAAGUUGACCUCUUCUGUGAAUUGACAGGUCAUGUCCCUCAUCACAUGGACGGACACCAGCAUGUUCAUGUUCUCCCAGAGGUUAGACAUGUGUUUGCACAGGUGUUAGAGGAGUAUGGGAUCAAGUAUACACGUGUGCCAAUAGAACCAGGCCUUCACAGCUGUGCGUGGAUAGAGCCACCUCUAAUGGACUUUUAUCUGGGAGUAGAAAAAGAUUCCCUUGACACAGUAGAUGUGUUUACAAGACAUGGAAUAAGGUGGGCUGACAUUUAUAUAGGUUUGAGUACCAUGGGCAAAAACAUGUCUGUCAGCAACAUUCAGAGCGCCAUUGAUACUGCCGUGGCAGCUUUUGCUACCAAGGAAAACUCUUUGAUGACUCAAUUUUCACCUCAACCUCAGCAAAGCAGAACAGUCACAAUUGAACUGAUGGUACAUCCAGGGUACCCCACUAUUCCACCUGUUGGAGGCUGUGGAGAAGGACCAGAUGAUUUUUCACAGUCAUGGGAACGCUUGCAUGAACUCCAAACAUUAAUGAAUCCAGAGUUGCAAAGCUAUUACAAAACAAGGAACAUUCAGCUUUGUGCAUUUAAAGAUCUUUAAUCAAGAGAAGAUAAAUCUAGCUUGUACCAGGGUGGGGGAAUCUGUAGCUGACAGUAUACCUCAUAACACAGAAAGGAACUGUGAAUGGACUGGGAGCAGCCUAUAAACUAAUUAGAAAUACCUAGACUCUCCAAUGCACCUAGCAGCAAUAUCCCAGCCUGUAUCUCUCUCAUUGUCAUCAGAUUUGUAAGACACCUCAGCUGAUUUGAAAGUGAUGGAUUUCCUUUGUGUACCAUAUUCACAGUCCACCCCAAAAUUUAACUUGAAAGCCAGGGCCCAACUGUCAGACUAACAAUUCCUGCAGAUGCUGCAAUAGCAGAUAGCACAUCCAACCAUGGCUGACAAUCAUGCAUCAACUUUUUGAAAUAUUUUUUGUGUGGUGGCAGGGAAUAGUUGCAAAAAGAUACACAGCCUAGAAAGUAAGACUCACCUGGCCAAGGGAGGCUGAUCGCUGUAAGCCUAGUAACUUUGAGCAUUCCCUUAAGAAAUUACUAUAUUUUCCUUUCAUUUUUUCACUUGAGCUGUUGCAUCUUUACUCAUGCCUACAGAAAAGGAAUGGUCAUUGCAGACAUUUUUUUCUUCAAAAGUAAUCAACUUAUGAUAUUAGCCUUCUGAUGCCUUCAAUCAUACUCCAUGCAAGUAGCUGGAUGCAGAGUUACUGUUCUAUUUAAGUAGACUCUAGCCAUUAUGCAGUCAAAAGAAACUUUUAAUGACAGCACUUCCAGACAGGCUUUUUAGAUGAUUUUACAAGAACAGCAAUCGUUGCCCCAUUAGCUAUUUCAUGAUGACUGUUAUCUGUCAAUACACCACACACUGUCCUUUCAUGAGCUACGUGCUGUGAUGGCCGCUUACUGUAAACGUAAAGAUGUUCUAACGUCUAGAGGGAGCAAUGACAAUGAGAAGGGAAAAAUAACAGAACAAAAAUUCUGAUUAUCAUCAAAGCUUUCUAAUUUCUACAGUUCCACUACAGGUCAGUUUUCAUUCCUCUGAUACUUUCUGAAAAAUCCUCCUUGAUGUAUGAGAUUUUUCUGAGCUUCAUGUCUCCCAAAGCAUAUUUUAAUGUGUCAGUGUUGUUCAGCCAUCUUGGCUAUAUAAAGAGAUGGAAAAAUGCACUUUAUCCAAGCCUGACCAGUAGUUUCCCCCCGUUACAUAACUCAAACCUCAUUUUAGCACACGGCCUUUAUUUUUUAUAAAGUCUUAACUGUUUGAUGCAUAACCUGCAGAAAAAUCAAAGUCUACAAGAGCCCAGUCAUACCAGGGCUAUGUGCACAGAGGGCAUGAUUUUUUCCAUGACUAACAGGACUUAUUUGGCCUCCGGUUCCUAGCCAACUGGGAACUUCCUUUGUGUAAGGGAAAAAAACAAACAAAACUAACAUUAAUGAAAUAUUCAGAUUGCUAUAUCAAGAACCUUUCAGGCAAUUCCAUAAACUUAGUUUAUGCCACAGUAUUAAUUCCAGAUUUACAGUCUCUAUUGUAAUAGGUACAUGGUGUACAAUGUUGCUGAGGCAAAAUUACAAAAGAAACCAAUUUUUGGAAGUGCUUGAUAUGUCAAACAACUGUACAUGACCCCCAGUCUUUACAUUUAGUGGUAAAGUUUCCAGGUUACUGAUUGUGAUAAAGUAUAAUAAAAGAACAAGGGAUGUAAGAGUUGCACUCAACCAUGAAAGAAUGAGAUUGUAAAAGUGGUUAGAAGUGAGUGCCACCUAGUGUUUGAUGAGCUGUUGUUCAUGUACAGUAAUAUGCCUGGAGGCACUGGGUUACCUAAUACUGUAUCUCAGAUUUUUACACAUUACCUAAUUUUUAACCUUGAUUUAUUCUCGAGUACUUACUAUGAAUUUGUUUUGAUCACACAAUCAUCAGAACAUCCCUUCUCUUUUCAUGUAUUGUACCGGUUGUACUCAUUUUCUGCUUCCUUCACACUAACCGAACACUGUGAAAUCAGCAUGAGAGUGGCCUUAACCCAUUCAGUUCUGUACUGUGAAUAUUAGACAAUUUCGUAAAUGUCCAUAUUUCUAAAUAAAUAGGACAAAAACAGGAUUUUACCAUUCAAAUGAAUUGAAAGCACUUUAAAGUGGAAGUGUGAGUAAAGAACUCCUCAUUUUAAGUACAUGG